GGCGCUGGUUGGGGGAGCUGGGGCUGUAGCUUCGGCUGAUGGUGCCUUCGUCCCUUGAAGCUGGAAGAUGAGGCUGCUGGCGGCCGGACUUCUGCUGGUGGCACCUCUCUGCGCUGCCUUCUAUCUGCCCGGCUUGGCGCCUGUCAGCUUCUGUGAGGAAGGCGAGGAAAGCGAGGGCUGCAAGUCGCUAAUCGAGCUCUUCGUGAACAGACUGGACUCGGUUGAAUCGGUUCUGCCAUACGAGUAUGAUGCUUUUGACUUCUGUCAAGAUACUGAAGAGAAAAGACCAUCAGAAAAUCUUGGACAAGUGCUGUUUGGGGAGAGAAUAGCAUCAUCUCCAUAUAAGUUCACUUUUAAAAAGCAAGAAACAUGCAAGAAGGUUUGUACAAGAUCCUAUGACCCAGCAAACAGUGCUGAUAAAACCAAACUGGCUUUUUUAAAGAAAGGGAUGCAGCUGAAUUAUCAGCAUCACUGGAUUAUUGAUAACAUGCCUGUAACCUGGUGCUAUGAUGUGGAAGAUGGACAAAAAUACUGUAAUCCAGGAUUUCCAAUAGGAUGUUUUGUUACUCCAGAUGGUAGAGUUAAAGAUGCUUGUGUUAUAAAUUCAGAGUUUAACAAGAAGAAUACUUUCUACCUCUUCAACCACGUUGACAUAACAAUCAUGUACCAUAGUGGGAAGGAUGAAAACUGGCCUGGUGCAAGACUGGUGAUGGCAAGACUGAGACCUCAAAGCUACAAACAUACAGAUGAGAACAACUUAAGCUGUGAAGGUCCACCUAUGGAGAUUCCUGGAGAAUUCACUAAUAAACUGAAUUUGAUCUACACCUAUUCUGUGACAUUUGAAGAGAAGAAUAAUAUCAAGUGGGCUUCCAGAUGGGACUACAUUUUGGAGUCCAUGCCACAUACAAAUAUCCAGUGGUUUAGCAUAAUGAAUUCCCUGGUAAUUGUUCUCUUCUUAUCUGGCAUGGUGGCCAUGAUCAUUCUGAGGACUCUUCAUAAAGACAUUGCAAGAUACAACCAGAUUGACUCUUCUGAAGAUGCCCAAGAGGAAUUUGGCUGGAAGCUGGUUCACGGAGAUGUGUUCAGACCUCCAAGGAAGGGAAUGUUACUGUCUGUCUUUUUGGGCCAAGGAACACAAAUAUUCAUUAUGACAUUUAUUACUUUAUUCCUAGCUUGCCUUGGUUUUCUUUCUCCUGCCAAUCGUGGUGCUUUGAUGACCUGUGCAGUUGUACUGUGGGUGUUACUGGGAACCCCAGCUGGUUACGUGUCUGCUAGGAUGUACAAGACUUUUAGAGGCGAGAAGUGGAAGACAAAUGUUUUGCUUACAGCUCUGCUUUGCCCUGGGAUUGUCUUUGCUGAUUUCUUCAUUAUGAAUCUCAUUCUGUGGGUGAAAGGAUCUUCAGCUGCCAUCCCUUUUGGCACUUUGGUUGCUAUCCUAGCAAUGUGGUUUGGAAUUUCAGUUCCCCUAACUUUUGUUGGUGCAUAUUUUGGCUUCAAAGAGAAGCCUAUUGAACAUCCAGUUCGUACAAACCAAAUCCCACGCCAAAUUCCAGAACAGUCCUUUUUCACCAAGCCCUUGCCUGGUAUCAUCAUGGGUGGCAUCUUGCCCUUUGGAUGUAUUUUUAUUCAGCUUUUUUUCAUUCUGAAUAGCAUUUGGUCUCAUCAGAUGUAUUACAUGUUUGGUUUCCUGUUCCUAGUUUUUAUAAUUCUUCUAAUUACAUGUUCUGAGGCUACAGUUUUGCUGUGCUACUUUCAUCUGUGUGCAGAGGAUUAUCACUGGUGGUGGCGAUCGUUCUUGACGAGCAGCUUUACAGCAGUUUAUCUCUUCAUCUAUGCAGUCCAUUACUUCUUCUCUAAACUCCAGAUAACAGGAACAGCUAGCACCAUUUUAUACUUUGGUUACACAAUGAUCAUGGUCUUGAUUUUUUUCCUUUUCACAGGAACUAUUGGAUUUUUUGCCUGCUUCUGGUUUGUAAGUAAGAUUUACAGUGUUGUGAAAGUGGACUGAAAAGCUUCAAAGUGUCUUUUGAACAUAUCUCCCUUGCUGUUUGAUAAUUUUUACCAUCUAUUGAAAACCAUCCUGUGUAAUUACUCUGAUUUGUAAAGAAAAACAAUGCAGACUACAGGGUAAAAAUGCAGCUUGUUACGGAGGGGAAUGGCACCACAGGUAAAAUGUUUACACCAGAAUACUCAUUCAAAUAUGUUAAUUCCAAUAUAAAAUUACAUCCAGAAUUUGGUUUGGGACAAAUAAAGAUUCUGUCAACUAGUCCAUUUGAAAGCUGAGUGCAUUAUACAGACCUCCAGCUGAAUUCCCUUGUGAUCUAUUUUUUUUUUUUAAUUUUGUUUGUUACCUCUCUUAGUUACCAUUUAUAUACCAUAAAAGCAUAGGACUGUCAAGUAAAUCUAUGUAAAAUGUGAAAUUAUUAUUUUUUUUUAACUUAACUCUGAUUGUACAUAUUCUCCUGCACCUUCUUUACAGCUAGCUCUCUUCUUACCAAUGUACAUGCAUUUAGUGUCUUGUAGACUUUAUUACAAAUAGCGACACUGGGGUUUGUUCCAAUAA